AUGGCAGACCCAGCCUACGAAGACGACGAGGACAAUAAUGACACACUCAUUCGACGAGUGCUGUCGCUGGGCCUUGCUCCCAUACGCAUCCUGACCUCUCGCGCCGCCAUCAAAGCCUACCUCUCGACCAUCCUCUUUCUGGGCACCUCGACCGUCCUCCUCGCCCUCUCCUCCACCGCCUAUGCCUUUUUCUACUACAACUACAUUCCACAGAUCAGUCUUGAACGCGUCCUCUACUUGCAGUAUGGCACAGAUUUCCCUCCGUAUGCGACGGCGGCGCUGGACACAAACGCACUGGUCUCGCAGCAGGCGUACAAUGUGGAGUUGAUCCUGGACAUGCCUCGCACCCCGACCAACCUGCAGGCCGGCAAUUUCAUGCUGGAUCUAUCCCUGUUGGGUUCCAAGGGCGUGCCGGACGCCGUGUCCUCGUGGUUGGGCAACAUCACGGUCGAGAACGUGCUUCAUCACUCGCGGCGGCCUGCGAUCCUGCCCUACGCGUCCCCCAUCCUGUCGCUCAGCCAUACCGUGCUCCACCUGCCCUGGCACCUACUCAACUUCCGCGAUCUGGAUCGUUCUCGCUUGGUCGUGCCCAUGUUCGAAAUGUUGGUCUUUCCGAGGGGCGCGCGAAACGUGCCGACCCACGCCAGACUCGAGGUGCAAGCCAGCAGUGUUCUGCAGGUGUACGAUGCGAAAUUGGCGUUCAGGGCAAAAUUCCAAGGCAUGAGGUAUCUCAUCUACAACUACCGAGUGACGUCUUUUGUGGUCUUCACGGCUUUAUUUUACGGCGUCAGUGUCACGAGCAUGGCCUUGGGAUGGGCCCUGAUUUCGCAUAUGCUAUCAGGCAGUGGUGCGAGGCAGGGGAGGAUCAAGAUGGAAGGACGAGAUGGCAUGACGACGAGCACGCCAAUCAAGACAGAGCAGGGAUCGUCCUCGGGCGCUGCCACCGCCAAAAUCAAGACAGAAGACGAGGCUGAAUCGUCCGGUCCGUUUGGUGGUGGUGGUCUGUCCCUCUCCAAUAUCUCGGACACGCCGACCCAGUUUCCCACUGGGAGAGGCCGACCGCCCUUGUCCUAUCCCGGGCGUGCACCCUCCGAGACAGAAGGGAGAGAAAACGUCGAAGCGGAAGAAGACCGUCUGCGAAGGCCUAUGGGGCCAGACGAGGCUGCCGACGACGAAGACGAAGGAGACUUUGAAGGGUCAGAGCUCCGCGGCAGGCGGCUAGAAGGUGACUCGGGGAUCGGGACCAGCAUGGAAAGCGAGCACGCUGGAUCAGGGGUUGUGCGAAAAAGAAGUUCGAGAAGUUUGCCCAAGAGAUGA